UCUUUCUCUCUCUCCGUAUCGGUCAUAUUCUCUCUCAUGCGAAAUCACGGAGAACCACCGUUGCUCCACCGUCGUCGACCGCUGUGAACCACCCUGGACCACCACUCUCUCCCUCUCUGUCUUUGUCCUCAGAGCUCCUUCUCCUUCAGCCCUUUUUACACAAUUUCAGAUUUUGGUGUCUUCGCUUUUGUUUUGCUGUUACAAUUAUUCAUGACUUGUUCGCUCUCGGAUCGCACUUUGAAUUCUUUUGGGUUUCCCGGUGGACUGAGAAUCUUGGUGUUGUAGUAAACUUCCAUGGAGUAUGGGCUUUCUGAUAGCAGUGGUACGGAUGAUGACCUUACUCCUUCACAUCAAAAUAGAUUUCCAAGGGGGGGCCGAGCUUUGGGGAAUGUAAGAUCUGCAGCUGUUGGUACUGCUCAAUUCCCUCGGAUGCAGAGUGAUAUGGAGGCCCAGAUCCACUACAUAGAACAAGAAGCAUAUAGUUCAGUACUUCGGGCCUUUAAAGCUCAAUCUGAUGCCAUUACUUGGGAGAAAGAAAGUUUAAUUACUGAACUUAGAAAAGAACUGAGAGUAUCAGAUGAAGAACACAGAGAGCUCCUAUCCAAGGUUAAUACUGAUGACAUCAUCAGGAGAAUAAGGGAGUGGAGGGAGUCAGGUGGGCUCCAAACUGGCAUGCUCAGCAAUAGCCAGCCUGUUCAUGAUCCCAUACCUAGUUCUACUGUUUCAGCAUCACGCAAGAAACAGAAGACAUCACAGUCAGUAGCUUCAUUAUCCCUAGGUGUACCAUCCCCAGUGUUGCAUACAUCCUUGCAACCAUCAUCAUCAGCCUUGAAACGAGGUCCAGCCUCAGGAGCCAGGGGCAAGAAGCCAAAAUCAUUCCCUUCUAUAGGUUUUACUGGAAGGGGCCUAGUCCCAAACCGGGGCUCUUCAGGCACCUUUGCAGUCAAUGAACGUACUGAAGCAGCAAACUUUGAUCCAUUAGUUGGAAGGAAAGUUUGGACAAGGUGGCCUGAAGACAAUAACUUCUAUGAGGCGGUUAUAACUGACUACAAUCCUGUUGAGGGCCGGCAUGCUUUGGUUUACGAUAUUAGUACAGCAGAUGAAACAUGGGAAUGGGUCAAUCUCAAAGAGAUAUCACCUGAGGACAUUCGGUGGGAAGGCGAUGGUCCUGGAGUCUCUAGUAGAGGCGGCCCCAGUGGACCAGGCCGUGGGUUUAAGAAGUCUAUGGCACGUGGUGGUGCUGUUGCUGGUGCCGGAAGAGGCAGAGGAAUAGCAAAGGGUCAGUCCAAGAAAGUUUUUCCUCCAUCACAAAAUGGCAUUGGGAAGAAGGGUGAUAUCGAAAUACUUCAUACUGAUACUCUAGUUAAGGAGGUGGAGAAAGUUAUCAGAGCAAGCCAUCCGGAUCGUUUGGAGGUUGAGAAAGCAAAGAAAGUGCUUAAAGAGCAUGAACAAGCCCUGGUUGAAGCAAUUGCGAGGCUUGAAGAUGCUUCUGAUGGUGAAAGUGCAGAUGGAGAUCAUCAGUUGCAAGGCCAAUCAAUGGACCAAGAGCGAUGGAGAAAACAACAAUACGAUGAUCAUACUGGAGAAGGUAAUAGGGUAGUUGAAGGUUCAGAUGCCAACAAGAUGGCUACAGAUGGAAGAGUUGGUUCUGAUGAUCAGCAAGACAACGGCGAUGACAUUUGAUUAUUGUAGAUAGGUUUUAGUGUUGGGCACACUAACCUUGUACUUUGUUUAUGGAAAGAAUGUUUGUGUAAAAUUGUUUAAUUAUGAAUAAUUUCUGAAUAUUAUAUAAAAAUUGUUUCUAAAUGAUUUGUAAAGUAUGCAAGCUUG